AUGAACUUCUUGCUUUUGAUUAUUGCCCUAUACUCGAUAGUUACGCUUACUGUAGCUUUUCCCAUGUUAAUGAUAUCUAUAUUUAUUGCACUAUUUGCCUACUACAAUUCUGUGACGCCAGAAGUUCAUCAGGAUGUGAUGAAUUUUGUCGAGAAGUCUAUGGAUGCCAUCCGUCAAACUUGUUCCCCAUCCACCCCAGUCGAUGACACCAUGACCAGAAGUGGAAUCGAGAGAGCACGUCGUCAGUAUAUGGACCACUGCAAUGGAAUCAAUCGGACCUCUUCGGAAGAGGAAAGAGAUGCCAAAUGGUUAUUGACCUACCAGGUUCCCAUUCUUACAAGAUACUAUGAAUCUAUCAUUCAGUUUUUCAAGGGCUAA